UGCACAUGCUCCAACAUGCGCCAACCUCGCUUUCAAACUCAGGUGGUUGUUCGCUGGAUUCGUCUUCUUGCGGGCUCAACUUUUAAGAUGGCGACAUUGGAGAUCCGCCUGAAAAGGGUGAACAAGAUUUAUUUUGAAGGAGAUAUCGUUAAGGGUGUUAUAGUAGUUCAAAGUCGUGGAGAGCUACCUCACAAUGGCAUCACUCUCUCUAUGGAGGGAGUAGUGAACCUUCAGCUGAGCGCCAAGAGUGUUGGAGUAUUUGAAGCAUUUUACAACUCACUCAAGCCAAUACAGCUUGUCAACUACUCCCUGGAGAUUGCAAAACCUGGCAAAUUGCCAAAUGGCAAGACCGAACUUCCUUUUGAGAUUCCGCUGAAACCCAAGGGUAACAAGCCACUGUAUGAGACAUAUCAUGGAGUGUUUGUCAACAUUCAGUAUCACCUCAGAAGUGAAAUGAAGAGGUCAUUACUAAACAAAGAUCUUCAGAGCCAAGCUGAGUUUAUUGUGGAGAACAGGGCAACAUCAAAGAAGACAGAUUUGAAGUCUGUGGAAUUUUCCAUCACACCAGAGUCUCUUGAGAAUGUAAAAGAGAGAGCAAAGGUUCCAAAGUUUUUAGUGAAAGGCAUUUUGGACUGUGCUCAGUGUUGCAUCACCAAACCUUUCACCGGAGAGCUGGAAGUUGUCCACUCAGACAAACCAAUCAAAUCCAUCGAACUGCAGCUUGUCAGAGUGGAAACCUGUGGUUGUGCAGAGGGCUAUUCAAAAGAUGCUACCGAGAUUCAGAAUAUUCAGAUUGCCGAAGGAGAUGUUUGCCGAGGUUUAAGGAUUCCAAUUUACAUGAUUUUUCCUCGUCUUUUCACUUGUCCCACCUUGGCUACUGCCAACUUCAAAAUAGAGUUCGAGGUGAACGUGGUGAUAGUUCUUCAAGAUGAUCACCUUAUUACAGAGAACUUUCCCAUAAAAAUCAUCAGAACUUGAAGCAAUGACAUCAAUACCAGGAAAGUAAAGAUUCCUUUGCGAGAUAUUAAGAAAAUUUCAUAGAGUUCCUAACAGUACUCCUUAAAUGGAGCGUUGCCAUACUGCUGAUAAAGAAUCGUAUAAAUAUUCUGGAGUCUUACAAAAAAAAAAUCAAUUUAGAGAUAGUCAGUAAGAUCGUGUGUUCUUUUUCGACGAAAUAGCUAUUAGAAUAUACAAUGUUAACGAUGUACAGAAUGAAUAAUUGUUUUUGUAUAAAAAGACAAUGAUUUUUAAUUAAACAAAGAAAUCACAAUG